GCUGUGGCUGAAAGCUCUAGAAACGUCUAGUACGCGCUUGCUGCGUCAGUACUGCCAUUCUUAUAACGGGAUACGCAAGAAAACCCGUAGUUUUGUAGUCCACAGACUACAGGCGUUUGCACUGGUUGUGUGCGUGCAGCAUUCAUUCUUUUGCAGACAUUGCCGUCCUUUUUUAAAGAUUGUUUUGCUGCGAAGAACAGACUAAUUUCACGCCGCGACAUGCAUCCUGCAACUGCCAAGUGGUAUGACAGGAGGGACUGUGUUUUUAUAGAGUUCUGUGUAGCAGACAGCAGAGAUGUUAAAGUCAAUUUCGAUAAAACAAAGUGUGGUUUCAGUUGUCUUGGAGGAACUGACUGUGUUAAACAUGAGAAUGAAAUAGACCUUUUUGACACCAUUGAUGAAAAUGAAUCGAAACAUAAACGCACAGAUCGCUCAGUGUUGUGCUAUUUACGAAAAGCACAGCCGGGGAAGGCAUGGCCAAGACUAACAAAAGAGAAGGCUAAGCUGAGUUGGCUCAGUGUUGACUUCAACAACUGGAAAGACUGGGAGGAUGACUCAGAUGAGGAGAUGGGCAACUUUGAUCAGUUCUCAGAUAUGAUGAACAACAUGGGAGGCGAGGAUGACCUGCCUGAUCUAGACGGUGCAGAUGAUGAUGAGUCUGCAGAUAGCGAUGAUGAGAAAAUGCCAGAUUUGGAAUAGGAGGCUUUAAGACUGGAAAGAAAACAGAAGAACAGAGCAAGAAGAAUUUUACAAACAUACAUCUUGAAACUGAAGGCAGUGACAAACUGUGUAUAUAUGAGUCAGUAGCCAUAUUUAAAUCCAUAGCCUCAGCUCCAAAUUCCUGACUGAUCAGUUCACUGAAGGUUAAUAUGCACGGUAUUGUACAGAGCAGCUAUAUCCACUUCCAUUUGUUGUACUGCACCUUUUUUGGAUAUCUGGUUUUACAGUUAAAUAUUGCAACUAAGCACACUUCUUUCUUUUUUUUUUUUUUUUUUU